GCUCCGUACAAACAGCAGAUUCCAGCUCGCAGGUCUUUUUAAUUUAAUUUUAAUAUAUCGCAUUAAUUUUGACUAAACCUCAGCCAUUCCUUGUUUAUUUCCGUCAAACCAUUGGACUCUGAAACAGCAAACCCUAAAUCGAAACCCUCAUGUAAUUCUAUGUUAGAAGGCACUUCCUGUUAUGGAAAUUGUUUAUAUUUAUGCCGACGGGCGUUUGUUAUUGGGAAGCAGCGGGCUCUCGUACAGUAGGUUUGGAAAAUCGGGUUAAAAUGCUGCUCAAGCGUUUAUCGACCAUUGAAGCAAUCGUUGCCGAAGAAGUUUUUGAAGGUUGGCACUGUGGAUGAGGAAAGUUCGUAUUGGUUGAUGGCAGGGCAGAUACCUUGCUUCUAUUCUUUUUCUAUGUUCCUGUCUCGCGAACAGUGAAAGGAGCUCCAUAUAAAUUUGUUCAUUCCUGGUUACUUUCGCGUUCUAACAUAAGUUCGUAAGGAAUACAACCGCAGUUUGCGUUAAUUCCUACUGUUACUUACCGUAGAAGCACUACUGUUUGUAUAGAGGGAAUUACCAAGUUGGUUAUGGCAGAAACAGCAUCAGAGCUGAGGAAGCAGAUUUUACUUAAGCACGGUGAACAGAAAGCUUCAACGAGCUAUGAUGAGGAGAGGUCCAUCCCAGUAAAGGAACAGUUGGGAGAAAAUUUGCAUGAUGGACUGAGUUUUGGUCAAUUCAUGUUGGCAGGAUCUGUUGCUGGAAUGGUUGAACAUAUGGCUAUGUUUCCAGUUGACACUUUGAAAACACGCAUGCAGAUGUUGGCAAGUGCAGGUGGCUCUUACCAUUCAGGCGUGGGGAAAUCCUUUUUGUCAAUUGUGAGAAAAGAAGGACCCUUUGGUCUUUACAGAGGUAUAGGAGCAAUGGGCUUGGGAGCAGGACCGGCUCAUGCUGUAUAUUUUUCAGUAUAUGAGGUAUGCAAAGAAAAGCUCGGAGGCAAUAAACCUGGACACCAUCCUUUGGCACAUGCAGCAUCUGGGGUAAUUGCCACAACUGCAAGUGAUGCAGUCUUAACACCUAUGGAUGUGGUUAAGCAAAGGUUACAACUCAGGAGCAGUCCAUAUAGAGGAGUUAUGGAUUGCAUUACCAGAAUUUUUAGGGAGGAAGGAAUAAGGGCUUUUUAUGUUUCGUAUAGGACUACAGUAGUCAUGAAUGCCCCCUUCACUGCCGUGCAUUUUGCAACUUAUGAGGCAAUGAAGAAAGUUUUAAGUGGAAUAUCACCAGAGAGUGCAAGUGAGGAGAAUCUUCUUGUUCACAUAAUGGCAGGAGGGACAGCUGGAGCUUUAGCAAGUGCUAUAACAACACCCUUUGAUGUAGUCAAAACUCGGUUGCAGUGUCAGGGUGUAUGUGGAGCAGACAAAUUUACGAGUAGUUCAAUUGGCAAUGUUGUACAGACAAUAGUGUCAAAAGAGGGACCUACAGCUUUAUUAAGAGGGUUGAAACCUAGGAUGUUGUUUCAUGCACCUGCAGCAGCCAUUUGUUGGUCUACUUAUGAAGCGAGCAAAAAUUUUUUACAUCAUUGGAGUGCACAUUCAUCAAGUUAAGUGUGAGAUGUCAAACAGCUCCAUUUUUGUGUUUGGCUGGUCCUUACAAUAUAGUUGUGAAGAGUUUGUGUUUGACAGAUUUGUAACAAUAAAUGUGGGAAAGAGGUAUCCGUUUCCAUUCCCUAUGAAAGAGGUUAUGCAAUUUCAUUUGUUUCCUCCAGUCAAAUAGGAGUUUUGGAUCAAAUUAUGUUAGAAAGUUUGUAUUGAGACAACUAGACACUUCUCAUGAUGUCUCAAGUUGUAGGAGAUGUGUAUGUCACUGACGACAGGUGUACAAUCACUUCUCACUGUGGCCAAGUACUAGAAGUCUGUAAGAUGCUGCAAGGAGAUGUAAAAUUAUUUUCCCAAGCGAGACCAACUUGAGUGUUAUGUACCCAUCCUUUGCCAAAAACUCCUGCUAAAGGUAAGAUUGAAUAUUACAUACAAAUGUUUCUAAAUUUGUGCUAUUUGUUAAAGGGCACUUGCAUAAUUUGAGCCACCUGUGGCAAAACAAUGUCCUUGACCACAUCUGCCUCUGGCAGACCCAUGGCAGUCAAUUUUGAAUUUGUUGCUUUAUUGCCAGACAAGCAUCAUAUUUGGUUGGAAGAGAAGGUUAUCAAAAUUAUUAAUAACUAUUGCAGUUAUACUUUUUCAAAUAA